AGAAAAUCAAGGAUAAAUAAAUGCUAUAAUGCAAAAUUAUUAAGAGGUUUUAAAUUGACAGAUCGUGAGAGUAAGAUAGGAUGGAAGAUUUUCACAAUUUCAGAGCUACAGUAUACGAAAGCGAGAGCUUAGUUAAAAAGAAAGUAGGAAAUCUUAAAGAGCUAAUGAAAGACGACUGGAUGAUAUAGUGUUAAACUGCAAGUAACUUAAGCUUUCUGUAAGAGAGAAAACAAAUGACAGACAAAGUUCUAAUACUAGGUAGUGGAGGAAGAGAACAUGUUCUUGCCUGGAAAAUUGCACAGUCUCCCCUUGUUCAGCAUGUAUUUGUUGCUCCGGGCAAUGGUGGGACUCGGUUGGUCGAAAAAGUUUCAAAUAUUGUUGUUAACAUCAAGGAUAACAAGGAAAUCUUGGAAUGUUGCAAGACUAAGAAGAUUGAUUUGGUUGUUAUUGGACCAGAGGAUCCACUAGCCAAUGGCAUUGUAGAUGAGCUGUCAGCUGCUGGAAUAAAAUGCUUUGGACCUUCCAAGAAAGCUGCAAAACUUGAAUCAAGCAAGGCUUUUGCAAAAGCAUUCAUGGAAAAGUAUGAUAUUCCAACAGGCCAGUACAAAUCGUUUAGUGAACCAGAGGCAGCCAAGAAACAUAUUCAGAGUGCUCCAUAUGAAGCUCUAGUGGUGAAAGCUAGUGGACUAAGUGCUGGUAAGGGAGUUGUGGUAGCAGAUUCAAGAGAAGCGGCAACACAAGCUGUAGAAAUGAUGAUGAAGGAGAAGACUUUGGGUAUGGCUGGAGAGAUUGUCGUCAUUGAAGAACUUCUUCAAGGGCAGGAAGUAUCAGUUCUAGCUUUCUCAGAUGGAAAAAACGUUUCUCUUAUGAAACCUGCUCAAGAUCACAAGCGAGCCUUUGAAAAUGACAAAGGGCCAAAUACUGGAGGAAUGGGAGCAUAUUGUCCAUGUGUUUUUGUCAACCAAACCAUAAUGAAACAAAUUGAAAGUGACAUUAUCAAGAAAACUGUGGAUGCAAUGAGAGAAGAUGGAGUACCUUUUGUAGGUGUUUUGUUUGCUGGGCUAAUGUUAACAGCUGAAGGACCAAAAGUGUUGGAAUUUAAUUGUCGCUUUGGAGAUCCUGAAACCCAAUCUAUAUUACCUCUGAUGGAAUCGGAUCUAUACCCAACUCUACUAGCAUGUGUGAAUGGUUGCCUUCCAGAAGCUUUACCAAAAUGGAAAACAAACUUGUUCAGUGUUGGUAUUGUUCUGGCAAGCCAGGGUUAUCCAGGAAGUUCAUCUAAAGGAAAAGUUAUUACAGGGUUGGAGGCAAUUUCCAAGAAUACCAAUACUCUCCUCUUCCAUGCAGGGACUGCUCUUGCUGAAACUGAUAUAGUGACAUCUGGUGGAAGAGUCUUGACUGUAGUGGCUUUAGCUGAAGAGUUACUUGGUGCUAUAACUCUAGCUCUGAAUGUUGUGAUGUCUGUAAAAUUUGAAGGUGCCUUUUUCAGAAAAGAUAUUGGCCAAGCUGCAGUCCAAGAAUUAAAAAGUAAAGAACUGACAUAUAAAAGUUCAGGUGUUAACAUUUCUUUAUCAAAUACUCUUGUGAAGAAAAUAAAAUAUCUUGCAAGAGAAACAAGACAAGAAGGUGUGAUUGGAAAUAUUGGAGGAUUUGGAGGAGUGUUUGACUUAAAGACUACUGGCUAUAAAGAUCCACUUCUGAUUUCUGGGACAGAUGGAGUUGGCACAAAGCUGAAGAUUGCCCAUUUAAUGAAAAUCCAUAAAACAAUUGGAAUUGACCUUGUUGCAAUGUGUGUUAAUGACAUUAUUACCCAAGGAGCAGAACCAUUAUUUUUCCUUGAUUAUUUUUCCUGUGGAGUUUUGAUACCAGAAGAUACAGAAGCUGUCAUAGCCAGUAUUGUGGAAGGUUGCAAGCUUGCUAACUGUACCCUUCUUGGGGGAGAAACUGCAGAAAUGCCUGGCAUGUAUGCAACUGGUGGUUAUGAUAUUGCUGGUUUUACUGUUGGGGUUGUUGAAAGAGAGCAACUUCUUCCCAAGAUUGAUGAUGUGAAAGAAGGAGAUGUACUUAUUGGUUUAACUUCUUCUGGCAUCCAUAGCAAUGGCUACAGCUUGAUUCGGAAACUUGUGGAGAAAGAAAACCUUUCUUAUACAGAAGCAGCACCAUUUGAUGCCAGUUGUUCUUUAGGUGAAGCAUUGCUGACUCCAACAAAGAUUUAUGUUGAACCACUUCUUCCUGUCAUGAGACAAGGCUUAGUAAAAGCAGCAGCUCAUAUAACUGGUGGUGGUCUGAUUGAAAAUAUUCCUCGGGUACUGCCACCUGGUUUUGGAGUAGUGCUGGAUGCUAGUGCAUGGAAAUUACAACCUGUCUUUCAGUGGAUAGCAAAAACUGGGAAAGUUUCAGAAAUUGAAAUGCUUCGAACCUUCAACUGUGGAUUGGGUAUGGUGCUGAUUGUUUCGAGUGACCAUGUACAAACAGUUUUAGAUUUACUAAAGGCUAGAAAUGAAGAGGGUUUAAUAGUGGGAAAUGUUAGGAAAGUUGGUGAAGGGGAUUCUCUUGUAGAGGUGACUAAUAUCUCGGAGACGUUAAGACCAUGUGCUGUAGCACAGAGAAGAAAAAAAGUAGGAGUGCUGAUUUCAGGCUCAGGAACCAACCUUCAAGCUUUGAUUGACCAUUCAAAAAAUCCUGCCACAUGUAUAGAGAUUGUUUUGGUUCUAUCAAAUAAGGAAGGAGUUCAAGGUUUGAAACGUGCUGAGAAAGCAAACAUUCCCACUAAAGUUAUCAGUAAUAAGAAUUACAAGUUAAGAGUGGAUUUUGACAUGGCUAUGCAUGAAACACUUCAGUCAGCAGGAGUGGAAAUCGUAUGUCUGGCUGGGUUUAUGAGGAUUUUGAGCUCUGAGUUUGUGAAAUUGUGGGAAGGUCGCCUAAUCAAUAUUCACCCAUCCCUUCUUCCAUCCUUUCGGGGCAGUCAUGCCCAUCGUCAGGUACUUGAAGCAGGUGUUAGAAUCACUGGGUGUACUGUCCACUUUGUAGUACCUGAAGUGGAUGCUGGUCCCAUAAUCUUACAAGAAGCUGCCCCAGUGUUUCCUUCUGACACUGAAGAAGUAUUAGAAAAUCGGGUAAAGAGUGUUGAACACAAAAUUUAUCCACGUGCAUUGGAACUUCUUGCUCAGGAUAAAGUUGUGAUGGAAUCUAAUGGGAAGGUAGUUUGGAAGCUGUAGGUUAUAACCCUGCAGGUUUUCUCAUUUUAUUAUACUUCCUAGAAAAACAAUAUGCCAAUAUGAACAUUACCUUUUUUUUUUUUUAAUUAAUAAUAAUUUGUUUCUUUAACCCGUUGAGACUUGACUGAUAAACUAGAAUUUUUGUGAGAAAGU